AUGGCUGAGGAACAAAAUUCCAUAGUACCCGAAAAUGACAAAUAUAAACAGCCCAUUGAGGAUGGCUUUGCAGAAUAUGAAGUUUCCAAAAAGCGAGCAAAGAGUACUUCAAUUGUUUGGGAACAUUUUGAGCUAAUCAGAAAUGAUACAAAUGAUGCCAAAGCGAAAUGUAAGCACUGUAAGUCUAUUUUGGGUGCUGCUACAAAAAAUGGAACAUCACAUUUAAGGCGUCAUUUAACUAAAUGCUCAAAACAUGGAAAUGCAGAUAUUAAACAAUUUCUUAUAGGUAGUGAAGUAUUAAGUGAUGGGAGUAAUUCUAUAAAGAAUUAUAAGUUUGAUCAUGAUGUAUUGCGCCAUUGCAUUAGCAUGUUUGUUGUUGAAGGUUCUCAUCCUUUUACUAUUUUGGAAGAAAAGGGUUUUAGGCGCAUGUUGUGUAAGGCGUGUCCUCAAUUUAGAGCAUAUAGUAGGCAUACUCUAAAAAGAGACAUUCUUUCUUUGUAUGUGAAAGAAAGGGAUAACCUUAGAGAAAUGAUUUUCAAUGCUCCUGGUAAAAUUUAUUUGACAACUGAUAAUUGGAAGAGUCAACAUACAAAAGUUGAGUAUAUUUUCAUUACUGCUCAUUUUAUUGAUGAUAAGUGGAAACUACAAAAGAGAAUUUUGAGAUUUAGAGCAUUAGUUCCACCUUAUGACGGCCUGUGCAUAGCUGAUGAGAUUGACUUAUUUUUAUCUCAAUGGAAUUUGAAGCAUAAAAUAUUUUCAAUCACUGCUGAUAAUGCUUCUUACAAUGAUACUAUGAUUUCUAUCCUUAAUGGUCGUCUCGCAACAAAAGAGUUCCUUGUAUAUAAUGGAGAGUUUUUUCAAAUCCGUUGUUGUGCUCAUAUCUUAAACUUAAUCGUACAAUCAUGUUUGGAUAGUAUCAGUGAUAUUAUUAAUAAGAUCAGAGAAAUUAUGAAGUAUAUUGAUAAAUCACAGAUACGUAAAAAAAAAGUUUUUUGA